ACUUUCCGUCAUCUCAUUAUUUUUCUAAAAUAUUUUAAUAGAGAGUAAAUAGAUUCAUUGAUUAUAUAUUUCCAAUUAUUAAAACACAAUUUAAUUCUCAAAAUGCACAGCAUGUCUUAGGUGCUUUGAAUUCGAUGUUAGUGCGAAACUUUCUAAUAAAGCAACACUAUUACAAUAAUGAAAUAUGUCGUCGCAUUAUGGAUCCAUGUACAAUCGAACAAAACGAAAGUGAAUAAUUGAACGUGUGUUUAGUGAAUUAGCGUGUUUUAGUUAUAUAUUAUAGUUUAAAAUGGCGCAGACAGUGAGACGCGCCAUCGAGGCGAGAUAUCCCUCAUGUUAUAUACCUAGUAGAAUUAAGGAAAGGAGGGCAAAAGCCAGAGCCCUGAGAAUGGAGAAACAACGUAAACCAGAUAAGCCUGAAGACUUUGUAUGCUAUUCUGAUAGUGAUAGUGAAGAAGAAACCCCUGCACAACAGCACACAGUUCUAUCCACAUCAUACAAUUUCGUAGACUAUGUACGAUCUAGAGAAAUUCAAGCACCAGAGCCCCGAUCCGUGGACCCCUCGUAUGCAACUCGCCACAUGCUCACACACGACAUGUUUCGCGAGACGCCCGUCAACCUCGGCAAUAUGAACAAGGUGUUCUGCUCACAGUGGUUGUCAGACAGACAGGUGGUCUUCGGUACCAAGUGCAAUAAGCUGAUGGUGUACGACGUGCGCUCGCGCUCGCUGGACGCCAUCCCCACGCUGCGGCCGCGCGCGCCCUGGCCCGGCGCCGAGCACCAGACCGGCAUACACGCGCUGCAGAUCAACCCCUCCAGAACACUACUGGCGACCGGCGCGCGAAACUCGUGCGAGCUCGCGAUAUACAGCUUACCCACCCUCGAUCCGGUCUGCGUAGGGGAGGCGCACAAGGACUGGAUCCUCGACAUGUGCUGGCUGGACGACGAGUUCCUGGUGACGGGCUCGCGCGACUCCAAGCUGGCGCUGUGGCGCGCGCCGCCCGCGCCCGCCGCGCAGCGCACGCCGCAGCACCGCUUCGUGGCGCCCGUCGCCGUGCGCGAGUGCCGCGCCGGCCAGAAAGUCCGUGCUCUGACAUUCAACACGAAGUGGGGCGAGAUAGCAGCGCUAACGCUCAACGGAUAUAUCCACGUGUUCAGCGCCAGCACCUUCCGCCAGUCGCUCUCCCGCAAGCUGCCCUCCUGCCAGGACCUCGUCUGCCUCGCUACGCAGGAGAGUGGAAUAUACGCGAUCGGCUGCAAGUCGUACACGUUGCUGCUGGACUGUCGCACGCUGCAAUCCGUGAAGAAGAUCACGUCGCGGUACAACGGCUGCGGCAUCCGCUCCGCCAGCUUCCGCGGACACAUGCUCACCAUCGGCACCGGGCUGGGCUUACUGAUGUUCUACGACCUGAGAGCGGGUAAAUACUUGGAGAGCAACAUCCACUCCUCUAAAACGGUCACACUCAAAGCGUCCAAAGGCUAUGUGUUCCCGGACGAGGAGGCGGACGGGUUCAACCAGGUGAAGUACGUGCCGGCCAUCUACACGCACUGCUACGACGACAGCGGCACGCGCAUCUUCACGGCCGGCGGCCCGCUGCCCGCGCCGCUCAUCGGGAACUACGCCGGCCUCUGGCAGUAGCCGCGCCAGUCGCCGCGCCAGUCGCCGCGCCAGUCGCCGCGCCAGUCGCCGCGCCAGUCGCCGCGCCAGCCGCCGCGACCCCCGACGCGUUAACCUUGUCACGUUAGCGGUUAGUCGUGACGUAGCUGGUUGUAGAGACUCGUACCUUCUAGUGUUCGGCUCGAAAUGUAUGAUGUAAAUAUGAUUAGUAAAAUCUAAGUUUUACGUGGACUUUUAUUUUUUCAAUGUAAUUUUGGUACUUUUGGGACUUAAAGAUUGUAUCGAAGCUAAUUCGUUGUCUCUUAAUUUGGAUAUCUUUUCUAUGUUUAGAAGGUCGAUAUUAGCUAAACUCUCCUUAAAUUAUAUUUUAAAUGAAUUUGAUGGAAAAGAAAAUUAAAUAUCUGUCCGAGUUCCUUUCUAAAAUAUAUAAUAGAAAAUUUUCAUUUGUAAAGCCAUAUUACCUCAUUAUAGUUCACAAUUGAAAACGAGAAGAACACGAGUAUCAGAUUCACUACGAGUAAAUAUAAAAAUAAUAACUCGUCAAACCUGACCAACCUAAGUCCAAAGGUACAAGAUACACGACUACAGAUAUAAAUGUAAAAACCGAUGGAACACCCGUUAAUAUUCCAUUAAAUUAACAAUUAAAUUCGCUCACAGAAAGUGCGCCUCUCCACAUUUAAUUUAUUAAUUUUUAAAAAUGUAAACUUAACAAAUAUAAUGUAAUUUGUAUUUUUUUGCUAUCUCUACUCGUAGUCGUCACACACACUAAGACUUGUAAGCUCGAGCGUCACUCACCCAUACUAACGCACGUCGACAAUAAUAAAAUAUAACGUGAAGGGGCGCGACUUGUAUCCUGUCGCGAGUUAAUAUACCUUUAACUUUAUAGUAAAAAAAAGUUACGUUUUGACUACACAGCAGUGUGACGUCACAAAUAAGAUAGUCAAGUCGGUAACCUAAAAUCCUCGCGCAUCGGAGUGCCCCCGCCGAUUUUGAGUAAUAAUUGACGCGUACGAUCUUUUGCACUACCAUUACUCGUGUACCCUUUUUUCAAAUUGGAGCAACCGAUUAAACUUGGCCCAGAUUAUUCACUUUCGUAAAUGAUAUCAAUUUCAUGAAGAUAAUUCGACACAUGAAUAAUUUCAGAAAUAAUUAUAUUGUACAAAUUUAAUGUCCUUUGAAAUUCUGUGAUUGUAUAACAUGUUAGCCGGGACACUGCCUUGCAUACUGAAUAAUUAAUGAUAUAAUAAUAAUUAUUAAUUAAAACGCUAUUAAAAGCUAGACGCUAAAUUAUCUUAUUUCGUAAUUAAUUACUGGGAACGGACGAUGUUUCUUCGUAAAAAAAUAUAGACACAUUUUUCAUUCAAAACUAUGUCUAUAGAUUACUUCCUGCUGAUAUUGGAAUCUGACAUAUGGACGGAGUUUAACAGGCAUGGCUGUCACAAUUGUUUUUAAAAAGUAUUUUGAAAUUUGUACAAUGGUUAGGAAAAAAAAUAUUUGAUUUAUUCAGGGCAAUCGAUUUUUAAACGUGAAGCCGUGUACAAAUAAUAUUAAAAAAAUUAAAGUGAGAAAAUCUUCAUAAAAUCAAAUAAUCCAAUUUGUAAAAAUUUAGUAAAUCUAAAUUCGUUUAUAUUUAAGCUGCCGCGUGUGAUAUGUCCAUACGUCAGAUCGCAGUAGAGGUUGGCAAUGCUUCCCUACUGAUACGAUACGUGCGAUCUAACUUUGCCGGUCAGAAAUUAGUCACGAGUGUUUGCGCGAAUACUUUUACGAACAAAGGCGAGGUUUGCGGCGGCAGCCUAUAGUUAUUUUUUUAAUGUUUUACACGCGCGAACGUGUCAGUGACCUUAUAUUCAGGCCGGCUUGCUUACAUUGCGCGAAUUAUAAGUGAUUAGUCAUUAAUUUUGCUCAGCUACGAUCAUAUGUCAUGAAAUCUGUAUGUAAGCAACAAAUCUGAAACUUAUGUUAAUGUAUGUCAUGAAAUUGGAUAUGCAUUGCCAGUAUGGAGCCAUAUUGUAAUAUAUUCAUGACAAGGAAACAUUGUCCAUAUAAUUUAUUUAAAGUUAAGUACUAACUUAAUUGUAUACUGUUUGGAAACGAGUUGUUUUUACUUAUAAUUCUUACCAAGUAAAUGAAAAGAACUAUAGUGAUGAAUUAAAAAAAAAUAUACUGA